CUUUGUCAGUAAAACAUAACCUAAAACGACUGGAAUACUUGCCAACUGUUUUUGUUAUUAUCAUAGGUUUUAAUUUUUUUAAAUCAUCUAAUAACUAUAACAAUGGAAAACGAUAAAGAUAAUGUAAUUCAAGCUGUAGUGAUAAUGGAUCUUUUCAAUAGUAAUUUUAGUCCAAUAUGUAACCAAAACCCUAUGGGACUUCUUCCUGUUGCAGGAAUUCCCAUUAUUGACUAUGUUUUGGAAUCCCUGGUAUCAGGUGGAGUGGGAGAAGCAAUUUUAUUUUGCUGCCAGGACAGCUUCAAAAUUAAAGAUCACAUAAAGAAGUGCAAGGAAAACAAGGUGCCAUGGAGCAUUACACUAGAUGUGCAGAUAAUAUCAUCAGACACUUGCCAGACUAUGGGUGAUGUGAUGAGAGAAAUAGAUGCAGCUGGAUUAGUUCGGGGAUACUUUGUACUUGUAGGAAUAAAUAGUAUUACAAAUAUCAAUUUCACUGCCUUGUUGGAGCAACACAAGCAAACAUGCAAGAAAGAUAAAGGAGCAGCAAUGACAUUGGUAUAUAAAGAAGUUGCAUGGGAACAUCCGUUGAUAAGCAAUGACAAAUCAUUACUAUUGGCAGCUGAUGGUCGAACUCAUAAAAUACUCAUGCAUCAAAAAUAUAAACCAAAAUCUAAAGAAUCUGCAGUUUCCUUACCAUUGGAGUGUGUGUUACAACACUCUGAAGUCAAAUUGUACCAUAAUUUGGUAGAUGCUGGUAUAGCAAUAUGUUCACCUUCAGUUCCUCCCCUCUUCUCUGACAAUUUUGACUUUCAAACUAGAAAUGAUUUCAUUCAUGGAAUUUUAAUAAAUGAAGACAUAUUGGCUAGUUCUUUAUAUUACACAAUGUUGAAGGAAAAUCAAUAUGCAGCGGCUAUAACAAACUGGAAAACUUACCAAACUGUGUGUUGGGAUAUUUUACACAAUUGGGUGUAUCCACUAUCAAUUGAAACUGAUUCCUUUUAUAAGAAUACAUUCAUGUUCAUGGGUAAUCAUAUAUUUAGAAAAACUAAUUCCUCUUUGAGCAGAUCAUGUACUUUAGUAGAAGAUGUAUUAAUAGGAGCUCAAUCACAUAUCAGUGAUAUGUCAACUGUUUCAAAAUCUAUGAUUGGAAGUAAUUGUAUGAUGGGAAAUGAUGUUGUAAUUCAUGGCAGCCAUAUUAUGAACAAUGUUGUGAUUAAAGAUAACUGCCAGAUAUUGAAUUGCUUUGUUGAUGAUAAUUGUGUAAUCGAGGCUCACUCAAAUUUAGAGGGUGUUGUAGUUUCCAAUAAUGUGUGUGUAAAAGAAGGAAGCAAGCUGCGAGGCAUAAUUUUAGAAGAAACUGACAGUAAUGAUAAAACUUUGAAAAAAACAUCAUCAGAGUCUGGAACUGAAUGGGAGAAUGAGUCAUCUGGCAAAGAAGAUGAUGAAUAUGUUGGCUUUGAAAAAGAAUGGAGUGACAGUGAGUCAUGCUACUCUUCUGACAGCAGUGCUGAAUCGUCAUUACCCGAUUCACCAAUUCCAGAAGAUACAAACAUAUUCCUUCAAGAAGUUAUAGACAGUUUAGCAAGAGGAUAUGAAGAUAACCUGAAAUGUGAUUAUCUAAUACUUGAAAUUAAUUCAUCAAGAUAUGCUUAUAAUAUUCAGUUGAAUGAAGUGAACUUCUUUGUUGUAAGAGCUUUAUUGAGUAUGCCAAUCUUGGAGAACAGCAAGAAUGUUCUUACUACUGUUAAAGACAUUUUAAAGUUCUUCCGUCCUGUUAUAGCUAAUUACAUUAAAACAAAAUUGUCAAUUAUGGAUUGUUUGAAAGCUGUGGAAGAUAGCUGUAUAAAAAAUAGUUGGCUAGAAGGCAGAGCAGGCCAAAUCAUCCAUUUACUGUAUGAAGCCGAUAUAGUUGAUGAGGAUUCCCUGUUGGUGUGGUAUGAAGAUUUAAAAGAAAAUGAAAGUCCAAUUAGCAAUCAAACUUCUAUUGUUAAAUUUUUUGAAUGGCUUCAAGAAGCAAGUGAAGAAAGUGAAGAAUCAGACUAAGAAAAUAUUAAAUGAAAUAAAAAAAUCCAUUUGUGUUGGAAUUUUGCGACUUAUAAACCUAAAUUAAGUGUGUAUUAUAAGACAGAAUAUUGUACAGUUAUUUAUACUUGGGCGAUCUCGAUCUCGAUUGCCUUAAGUGACAAUGCAUUAAUGUUCAAAAUAAAUUAUAAAGACAAAAUCAUAACUCAGAGAAGGCAUGUCAUUAUUUUAUUACUCAAUAAAUAAUAUUAAUUUCUUAAUGUUACGUAUAAUUUUGUAAAAAUAGAAAAUAAGGUAAAAAAUAAUAUAUUAUCGAAUAGUUGCAUAUUGCUGAAACUCUACAGUAGAAAAAUUUCUAAAUUUGUUAAUAUCAAAUGAAGUAGGUUCACAAGGAGAAUGAAUUUUUAUUUGUCUCAUAUGUGUAUCUCUUCCGUUUUGAUGAUUGCUUAACACUGCUAUUUGAAUCAUAUAUGUUCUAAUAGGCCGUUCAUGAAUAUCUUUGAUUGGUAUCAUUUCCCAUCCUGAAACAAAAUUGUUAAUAUAUGUUUAUAUAUCCUAUUUCAUUAAAUACAGCCUCCAUAUAAAAACAUUGUAA